CUUGGGCAACCCCGCGGCGUGCAAAAACAGCUGGCCGCGUUUGUUGCAGAGGGAAACUUGCCAUUAUUUCAAUAAAAUAGAUAUAGUUAAGUUGAAAUAAUACUCAGGCAGCAUGGACGAGUUGCAGAAGUUGGAGUACCUUUCGCUGGUCUCGAAGAUCUGCACAGAACUGGAUAAUCACUUGGGCAUUAACGAUAAGGAUCUAGCUGAGUUUAUCAUAGACUUAGAGAACAAAAAUCGCACAUACGACUCCUUUCGCAAGGCUCUGCUGGAGAAUGGCGCCGAGUUUCCGGACUCAUUGGUUCAGAAUCUCCAGCGCAUCAUCAAUCUGAUGCGCCCAACUCGUCCUGGCGGCGCUAGCGAAGAAAAAAUUGGCGGCGACAAGAAGGAGGACAAGAAAUCCCAACUGAUGAAAUUGUUUCCCGGUCUCGCUUUGCCCAAUGAUAAGUACAGCAAAACGGAAGACAGUGAUGACGAGGAAAAACAGAAACCGGAGAAAGACGGCGGUCCACAAAAAAAAACCGACAUGAGCGACGUGGAUGCAGCCAUGCUGGAGUUGGAAGCUCUUGCCCCUGGUGAGGGCAAAACAGAGGUGAAACCGCCUAAGGAAGCUAGUUCCAGGGAUCGCCACAAGCACAGAAGCAGGGAACGAGAUCGGGAUACCAAACGACGCAGUAGAUCACGAGAGGAUAGACACUCAGAUCGCCGAAGAAGCAGAUCUCGUGAUAAGGAACGCCGUCGGCGCAGCAGAUCACGAGAAAAUCGCCGUAGGAGCAGGUCUCGAGAGGAUCGUGAUAGAGAUAGGGAGCGACGUCGCAGAAGAUCCAGUUCAAAAGAUCGCCAUGAACGCCGACGACGCAGUCGCUCUCGUUCCACAGAACGAAGGGACAGAAGAAAUCGGUCCAGGGAACGUGAUCACAGCGAAAAGAUGCCACCACCCUCCGCCAUGACCGAUGAUCCUGAAGCAGGCAAGAUCUAUUCCGGCAAAGUGGCCAAUAUCGUGCCCUUUGGCUGCUUUGUGCAGCUCUUUGGACUCCGCAAGCGUUGGGAGGGAUUGGUGCACAUCUCUCAGCUAAGAGCAGAAGGACGAGUAACCGACGUUACCGAGGUAGUCAAUCGGAAUCAGACGGUUAAAGUGAAAGUAAUGUCCGUAACUGGCCAAAAGGUUUCCCUGUCCAUGAAGGAGGUAGACCAAGAGUCUGGAAGGGAUCUCAAUCCGCUGUCACAUGCGCCCGAAGACGAAGAGGCUCUAAGGGAUCGAAAUCCAGAUGGACCCUUCAGUAGUAGCACUUCCAUGCUGAACCUCCAAGGCAAUGGCUUAGAUGGCGAUGAACACGAGUCCAGAAAGCGGGUGACCAGGAUUUCAAGCCCUGAGCGCUGGGAAAUAAAGCAGAUGAUCAGCUCCGGUGUGCUAGAUAGAAGUGAAAUGCCGGACUUCGAUGAGGAGACGGGACUGCUUCCUAAAGAUGAAGACGACGAAGCCGAUAUCGAAAUUGAGAUUGUGGAAGAAGAACCACCCUUCCUCUCCGGCCACGGUAGAGCAUUACACGACCUCUCGCCAGUAAGAAUUGUAAAGAACCCCGAUGGCUCCCUUGCCCAAGCUGCCAUGAUGCAGUCGGCUCUGUCCAAGGAGCGUCGCGAGCAGAAGAUGCUCCAACGUGAGCAAGAAAUGGAAGCUCUUCCCACAAACCUCAACAAGAACUGGAUCGAUCCACUACCGGAGGAGGACAGCUCCCGUACCUUAGCGGCUAAUAUGCGAGGAAUGGGUGCUGCUCCUGUCGAAGUUCCGGAAUGGAAAAAACACGUAAUUGGAGGUAAAAAGUCGUCCUUCGGCAAGAAGACUGAUCUGACGUUAGUGGAACAGCGCCAGUCGUUGCCCAUUUACAAACUGCGAGAUGAUCUGAUCAAGGCUGUUACGGACAACCAAAUUCUUAUUGUAAUUGGAGAAACAGGUUCUGGAAAAACCACACAGAUUACUCAGUACUUAGGCGAAUGUGGAUUCACUGCCAGAGGAAAGAUUGGAUGCACCCAGCCUAGACGUGUGGCUGCCAUGUCUGUGGCCAAGCGCGUGGCGGAGGAGUACGGUUGCCGAUUGGGCCAGGAGGUUGGCUACACCAUUCGUUUCGAGGAUUGCACCAGUCCAGAGACCAUAGUCAAGUACAUGACAGACGGUAUGUUGCUCCGUGAGUGCCUUAUGGAGGCGGAAUUGAAAAGCUAUUCGGUGAUUAUGCUGGACGAAGCUCAUGAACGAACAAUCCAUACGGAUGUGCUCUUUGGUUUGUUGAAGACAGCCGUGCAAAAAAGACCAGAACUGAAGCUUAUUGUUACAUCGGCUACUUUGGAUGCGGUAAAAUUCUCGCAGUAUUUUUUCAAGGCACCUAUCUUCACAAUCCCCGGAAGAACUUUCCCGGUGGAGGUCCUAUAUACUAAGGAACCGGAGACGGACUAUCUGGACGCCUCCCUGAUUACAGUAAUGCAGAUCCAUCUGCGAGAACCCCCUGGUGACAUUCUGCUUUUCCUUACGGGUCAAGAGGAGAUCGACACGGCCUGCGAGAUCUUAUACGAACGAAUGAAGAGUUUAGGACCAGACGUGCCAGAGUUGAUUAUCCUGCCAGUGUAUUCUGCUUUGCCAUCUGAGAUGCAGACGCGUAUCUUUGACCCUGCGCCAGCUGGAAGUCGCAAGGUUGUUAUAGCCACGAACAUUGCAGAAACUUCUCUGACAAUUGAUGGAAUAUUCUAUGUGGUAGACCCUGGUUUCGUAAAACAAAAGGUGUACAACUCAAAGACCGGCAUGGACUCUCUGGUGGUCACUCCAAUCUCGCAGGCGGCUGCAAAACAGAGAGCGGGAAGAGCUGGGCGUACGGGCCCAGGAAAAACCUACCGUCUGUAUACAGAGCGUGCCUAUCGAGAUGAAAUGCUGCCCACUCCGGUGCCAGAAAUCCAGCGUACCAAUCUGGCCACCACAGUACUUCAACUAAAGACGAUGGGAAUCAACGAUCUGUUGCACUUUGACUUCAUGGACGCGCCGCCAGUGGAAUCACUGGUGAUGGCACUCGAGCAACUGCAUUCCCUAUCAGCAUUGGACGACGAAGGACUGCUUACUCGUCUUGGUAGGCGUAUGGCAGAGUUUCCCCUUGAGCCGAAUCUCUCAAAGAUGCUUAUCAUGUCCGUGGCUCUACAGUGUUCCGAUGAGAUUUUGACUAUUGUUUCGAUGCUCAGUGUGCAGAAUGUGUUUUACAGGCCAAAGGACAAACAGGCGCUGGCGGACCAGAAGAAGGCCAAAUUCAACCAGGCGGAAGGUGACCAUUUGACGCUGCUGGCCGUGUACAACAGUUGGAAGAAUAAUAAAUUCUCGAAUGCCUGGUGCUACGAAAACUUUGUACAGAUUCGAACCCUAAAGCGCAGCCAGGAUGUCAGGAAACAACUGCUGGGAAUCAUGGACAGGCACAAAUUGGAUGUGGUAUCAGCAGGAAAAAACUCCGUUCGAAUUCAGAAGGCCAUUUGCUCUGGAUUCUUCCGCAACGCGGCGAAAAAGGAUCCACAGGAGGGUUACCGGACCCUGGUCGAUUCCCAGGUGGUUUACAUCCAUCCGUCAAGUGCUCUCUUCAAUCGCCAGCCAGAGUGGGUUAUCUACCACGAGCUGGUGCAAACCACCAAGGAGUAUAUGCGUGAGGUGACCACCAUUGAUCCCAAGUGGCUGGUGGAGUUUGCUCCGUCAUUCUUCCGAUUCUCGGACCCAACAAAGCUGAGCAAAUUCAAGAAGAACCAGCGUCUGGAACCGCUGUAUAACAAGUAUGAGGAGCCCAAUGCCUGGCGUAUCAGUCGCGUUCGAAGGCGUCGCAAUUAAUUGACUAAACCCAAUUAUGUGUGUAAUUUUUUGUAUUUUAAGCUCUUAGAAAUAUAAUAUAAGUUUAAACUUCAGUAGCCUUUACGACCGCGAAAGCGCUGCCGAUUGUCCAACUAAAAAGAUGGAGGUAUACAUAGGUUUUGUUAGAUAUAAAUUGGAAUAUUAAAGAUAAACUAACCAGA